GCGUAUUACUACAGAAACCUUACAACCAUUUGCAUGAGGCUCUGAGAUUGAUGUCGAUCGACAGAUCACGCUAACCGAAAGAGGGUUGUACGAGUUAAUACGAGUUAACACGACAUCUCCUCAUCGCCAAUCAAUCGUAUGCGUAUGCACUGACUUUCCCACUCCCUCCAUCAAUAGUAUCACGAAACGGACAUAUCUACGACCCGAAACAACCCUCAGCCACUCCAGAGACGUGUCGAGAUGUAGCACGCCUGAUAGCGUGUUCGUAUAAGCUUUUGCGAACGCCUCCCACUUUUCUUGACCUCACAUCGCCUACUUCGUUGUCGUUAAUACGCAUACGACGACAUGGCUCAGCGUCGGACGCACAGAAAAUCGAAGCUCGGCUGUCAGCACUGUAAACGGCGACACAUCAAGUGCGAUGAAGGACAGCCUAGUUGUUCCAACUGCACGAAUACCGAACGAGAGUGUGUGUAUGUGGCGCCACGUCCUCGCAGAGUUCAUUCAAGGUCACCUCACCCUUCAAAUAUGGACGUCGGAAUUCAUUCCGCAACGGGGUCACCUUCCUCAACGCUGCUACAUCCAAUGGCUGCGACGGUAUCGACUCCAACUUCAAAUGCAGCAUCUCCCGUGUUUACACCGGCUUCGUCAACACAGCUUGACUUCUCCAAUUUGGAUUCCGGCCUAUGCCAUCUAGAGUUGUUGACCAAUUUCAUUCUUGAGGUCGCACCAAGCCUAGACAAUGAACCCUUUUUCGGUAUCGAGCUGAUGCGCAAUAUAAUGCCCGUCAUCCUGUCGAAGCAGUUCCUGUUGCUCGAGGUCCUUGCGUUAUCAGCUCUGCAUCUCAGCCGCGUGCGACCCGGACAAGCCGACAAAUACCUCGCAGGAGCAACGUCAAUGCAGAUUGAAGCCUUGACAUUAUUCGACGAGCAGCUCGGAAGCGUCACGGUCGACAAUUGUGCAGCCAUGUUCCUGUUUGCAGGCCUGCUAGGCACCCAUGCGCUCGGCGAGGCGGUCAUGAAUGUUUCGAGCGAUGCAGACAGCUUCCUGGACCGCUUUAUCAGGUGUCUGAACCUCCACCGCGGAACCAAGAUGGUUGCGUCUCAGGCCUGGCCCCUCUUGCUCCAGUCGAACAUGUCUUUUAUGUUGCACACCGCCUCCGAUCAGCUGAAGCUUGCCGAGUCUCACGACCCCGAGGAAGCGGUCUUUGUGGCGAGCGAACUGGGUCGCUUGCUGGAUAGUGGUGAUAUGAGUGCGGACAGCAAUACGGCGUGCCGUGAUGCAGUGGCUCAACUCAAGCUGACCUAUCAGGCUGACGACUCAAGGACGCAGUUCGUCGAGACGAAGCGGCGUUCCACGGAUCUGAUAUGGUCCUGGCCGACCCUCCUAUCUGGCGGUUACACAGAUCUACUGCAGAAGCGCCAACCGGAGGCACUGAUCAUUCUUUGCUACUUCGCUGUGCUUCUGCAUCGACGCCAGAAUCUGUGGUUUGUGGGGGGUGCAGGCCGCAUGCUGAUCGAGUCCGUUACGCGGUCGCUGGGGUCAUUCUGGAGACACUGGCUGGACUGGCCGAAUGAAGCCAUUGGAAACGGUUCUACGUCCUUCGAGAUUUGAGCAUCGGGCUGUGGUCAGACGAUCGUCGCAUGCCUGCGAGUUUGACUCGGUCCUGCCUAUCCGCGAUAGAGUACAGCAGCGACUCGAUACGACGUACUCUCAGACGCCGGCCGUCAACACCAUGCCACUGCACUUUCUACAAGCACAGAUGCAGGAUCGGCCCAAAAGCGGACAGUGUUGUAUGCGCAUCCUCCA